AUGGCGUCCACCAUCUCCUCCGUAAGCCCAAUGCAAGCCAGCAUCGAAGCAGCAACAAACCACCUAUCCUUCGACCCAGGCCGUCUCCUUGUCCCCCCCGAGACCUGCCUCUCCUCCCUCCUCAAGCAAACCCUCACCCAAUUCACCACCACCUACGCCCUCCCCGACAGCCUUCAAGCCCUCCUCCUUUCCCAGCCCUCCAGCCUCGACCGCAUCCUCAACUCCAUCUUCGACACCUCCUGCCUCGCCUUCGUCACCGACAAGGAAUUCCGCAUCGAGGCCGGGCUAGACGACCACGACAAGGUCACGCUGUUCGUGCAAGCCGUUGCGGGGAUGGCGAUGGUUUUUGAGCGGCUUUUGCUUGCUUCUUCUUCUUCUUCUCGUUCUUCUUCCUACGCAAACUCCAGGUCAGAAGACCUGACGACCUGCCUCUUCUCAAGGGAACUGCAGCUCUUUGCCGAGAGCGAGCAGCGCCGGACGAUGUUAGAUCGCGUCGGCGGGACGUCCCUGUUGAGUCAUUGCUAUACCAAGGACGAGCUGGUGAGCUUUGUGGUGGCGACGGUGGAGGAUCGGGUGCCGCACCCGAGACAUGCGGAUGGGAGUAGUCUGCUUCCGCUGAAUGCGGUGGGCGAGGAUUUGUUGAGCGAUAGUGUGGCGUGGGUUAGUGAUCGGAGUUGUAAGAAUAUGGGGUUGCCGUGGGGUUUUACGAUUAUGGCGCUGAACUGA